GCCCCUGCCGUGCCGGCCGGCCCGCCGCUGCCUGGUGGCGCCGCCCCGCCGCUCGGGCUCGGCGGCGGCGCGGGGCCGCGGCGGCGGUGGGACGUGGUGCUGAUCGCCGACGGCGUGUGCACCGAGGAGGUGGCGCCCGUGCUGGCCCGCUGCAUCGACGCCCUCCUUGCCGAGCACGGCGAGGUGGUGUGCGUGAUGCCGGAGCUGAGAGUCGGGCAGGAGCCCUCUUUGUCUCCGCGCUGGCGCGGCGCGGCUUCGCCGCCGAGGAAAUCUACGUCCCCCCAGCGGUCGCCGAGGAGGCCGCCGCGAUGGGCUCCCGGCUGCGCAGAGCGCUGCAGGAUCGACCGCGGCGCGGGCGCGGGGCACGUGCUCAACGAGGGGCCCUCGCGGAUGAGGAGGGGGCUCGUGCGCUGGCGCCGGCGCAGCGGCCCUGGGCCCGACGCGGCGGGGCAGCUGGAGGCCGAGAUGGAGGAGGCCCUGGCGCGCGCGGAGGCUCGAGUGGCGCUGCCCCCUGGCUACCUGCCAGAGGAGUGA